AUGGACAGACCAGAUGCAGGUUCUGAGGAUGAGGAAAGGUAAGUUGAAAUCCAAAGAAUUGAUCCAGGUAUGUUUCCAAUUUUCUAAUUAAAGACUUCAUUUGCAGCUUAAUUCAUAACUGAUUGGUUUUCCUACAUUUGCUUGGUAUAUUUAUUUGUCUGCAGAUAUAGAACUGGUAUGCAAAGUGGGGUAUUCUACAGCCAUUUGGAUAGACAAGUGCGACCAUUCAUCGAACUCAUUGACUUUCUGAGAUCUAUCGGAAUCGAGAAGGACCUGGCAUUGCCAGCCAUUGCUGUGGUAGGAGACCAGAGCUCAGGGAAGAGCUCAGUGCUUGAGGCAUUAUCUGGGGUGGCACUACCCAGAGGAAGUGGUGAGAUGAAUCAGUUGAAAACUAUCUUUGAGUAGAGAGUAGCAGAUGCAUGAAGAAACAUGUUUCUACCCAACUGGGUCUUCCUCAAGUCAGCGCUGCAUGAGUCGAAACAUGUUGUCAUGCAUCUGCUACUGCAUCAUUUUAUCAGGUAGAUCAGUAAAUGUUCUCUUUACAAUUUAUAGGCUGCGUUUCUUAUAUUGCAUAACAAAUACCAAUUGGGUGCAAUUUUUAUUUAAAAUAAAUAUAUGUUAUCUUAGGUAUUGUCACCAGGUGUCCAUUGGAAUUGAAACUAAGGAAGAGUUUUGGAGGAAAAUGGAAGGCAAAGAUCAGUUAUCAAGGGGUAGUGGAGACUUUUGAGAACCCCUCAUUGGUUGAGAUUCAUGUCAGAACAGGUAUGCAAGUUUCAACUGAAUGUAAAGCAUAACAUUUCACUGUAUAUUCCCCACAAUAUACAGUAGAUACAUGCUGACAGUGUCAUUUUACGUUGGUUUAUAGUUUUCAAUAGAUGUCAAAUUCACUGGGGUGAAUAACGUUGCCUAAUUACCUGUUUUAAAGCUCAGAAUACUCUAGCCGGAGAUGGUGUUGGGAUCUGUGAUGACCUGAUCACGCUGGAGAUCACGUCUCCUGAUGUAUGUGACCUCACACUUAUUGAUCUACCUGGGAUUACCAGAGUACCUGUCCAAGGCCAACCAGAGGAUAUUGGUGAUCAGGUUAGUGUCACAAAAUGAAUGUGUGUUAGGAGGAAGUAGAUACAUUUUAGUCAUUUAGCAGACGCUCUUAUCCAGAGCGACUUACAGUUAGUGAGUGCAUACAUUUUUCAUACUUUUUCAUAUGUAGACAAUGUAACUAUUAUCAAUGUGCAUUUUGAACCUUGUUAACUUCACUUAAUCAUAUACAGUGCUCUCCACAUUUAUUUGGAUAUUGGCUUUAUACUCCAGCAAUGUGGAUUUGUUGACGAAUAUGAGGCAAAAGUACAGAAUGUCAUCUUUAUUUCAGGGUAUUUUCAUGUGUUUUACCGUUUAGAAAUUAAAGCACUUUGUGUAUCUACCCACCCCUCAUUUGAAGAAGUUAUAAGUAUUUGGACAAAUUAAUAUUAUAUAUAUUAAAGUUGUCUAAAGGUUAGUUUUUGGUCCAUCAAUGCAUAAAGCCUGUGACUCAACUCUUUGGUUGCAUUUCCAGUGUGUUUUGGGUCAUGUCUUGCCCUAUAGUAACUGAAUGGUAAUUUCUCCUUAUCUCAGAUUCACUAAGCAUCGCUGACAGAUGUUAGUAGUCUGUUUCAACAGAUAAUACUCUUACCAAUUUUUGCCUUUCAUGUCCAUUUAGAUCAGACGUCUUAUUUUGAAGUUUAUUAAGAAACAAGAGACCAUUAACCUGGUUGUAGUGCCAUGCAAUGUUGACAUAGCAACAACUGAAGCAUUGAGAAUGGCACAAUCAGUGGAUCCUGAAGGUGCAAGGACUCUGGGUAAAUUCACACCAUAUCACAACUGUUUAUUUGAACUCCUCACCCUUUUCCUUCAUGAAAAUGACUUUUUAAUAUGUGGAUAUACAGUGGAGGAAAAAAGUAUUUAGUCAGCCACCAAUUGUGCAAGUUCUCCCACUUAAAAAGAUGAGAGAGGCCUGUAAUUUUCAUCAUAGGUACACGUCAAUUGACAGACAAAUUGAGAGAAAAAAUUCCAGAAAAACACAUUGUAGGAUUUUUAAUGAAUUUAUUUGCAAAUUAUGGCGGAAAAUAAGUAUUUGGUCACCUACAAACAAGCAUGAUUUCUGGCUCUCACAGAACUGUAACUUCUUCUUUAAGAGGCUCCUCUGUCCUCCACUCGUUACCUGUAUUAAUGGCACCUGUUUGAACUUGUUAUCAGUAUAAAAGACACCUGUCCACAACCUCAAACAGUCACACUCCAAACUCCACUAUGGCCAAGACCAAAGAGCUGUCAAAGGACACCAGAAACAAAAUUGUAGACCUGCACCAGGCUGGGAAGACUGAAUCUGCAAUAGGUAAGCAGCUUGGUUUGAAGAAAUCAACUGUGGGAGCAAUUAUUAGGAAAUGGAAGACAUACAAGACCACUGAUAAUCUCCCUCGAUCUGGGGCUCCACGCAAGAUCUCACCCCGUGGUGUCAAAAUGAUCACAAGAACGGUGAGCAAAAAUCCCAGAACCACACGGGGGGACCUAGUGAAUGACCUGCAGAGAUCUGGGACCAAAGUAACAAAGCCUACCAUCAGUAACACACUACGCCGCCAGGGACUCAAAUCCUGCAGUGCCAGAUGUGUCCCCCUGCUUAAGCCAGUACAUGUCCAGGCUCGUCUGAAGUUUGCUAGAGUGUAUUUGGAUGAUCCAGAAGAGGAUUGGGAGAAUGUCAUAUGGUCAGAUGAAACCAAAAUAUAACUUUUUGGUAAAAACUAAACUCGUCGUGUUUGGAGGACAAAGAAUGCUGAGUUGCAUCCAAAGAACACCAUACCUACUGUGAAGCAUGGGGGUGGAAACAUCAUGCUUUGGGGCUGUUUUUCUGCAAAGGGACCAGAACGACUGAUCCGUGUAAAGGAAAGAAUGAAUGGGGCCAUGAAUCGUGAGACUUUGAGUGAAAAUCUCCUUCCAUCAGCAAGGGCAUUGAAGAUGAAAUGUGGCUGGGUCUUUCAGCAUGACAAUGAUCCCAAACACACCGCCCGGGCAACGAAGGAGUGGCUUCGUAAGAAUCAUUUCAAGGACCUGGAGUGGCCUAGCCAGUCUCCAGAUCUCAACCCCAUAGAAAAUCUUUGGAGGGAGUUGAAAGUCUGUGUUGCCCAGCGACAGCCCCAAAUCAUCACUGCUCUAGAGGAGAUCUGCAUGGAGGAAUGGGCCAAAAUACCAGCAACAGUGUGUGAAGACCUUGUGAAGACUUACAGAAAACGUUUGACCUGUGUCAUUGCCAACAAAGGUUAUAUAACAAAGUAUUGAGAAACUUUUGUUAUUGACCAAAUACUUAUUUUCCACCAUAACUUGCAAAUAAAUUCAUUAGAAAUCCUACCAUGUGAUUUUCUGGAUUUUUUUUCUCAUUUUGUCUGUCAUAGUUGACGUGUACCAAUGAUGAAAAUUACAGGCCUCUCUCAUCUUUUUAAGUGUUAGAACUUGCACAAUUGGUGGCUGACUAAAUACUUUUUUCCCCCACUGUAUGUUCUUUGUUUACAAGCAAUUCUGACCAAGCCAGACUUGGUUGACAAAGGAGCAGAGCCAGACAUCUUAAAAAUUGUUAAUGGCCAAGUCGUUCACCUGAACAAAGGCUACAUCAUCGUAAAAUGCCGUGGCCAGAGUGAUAUCAACCAGAAGAUCUCUUUGGCGGACGCCACUCGACUGGAAAUGGAAUUCUUCAAAAACCACCACUACUUUAGGUAAUUUUGGUAGCACUUCACACCAGGGGGUCAAUGUUGAUCCCAAAAUGUCACAGCACCAGCUGCUUUCACUGCCCUUAACAUAUCAGUCAGCCAUAAAAGUCACUGAUUGUCUGGGUAGUUUAAUUGUCACUGUUUGUCAGUCAUACGAGCUGGUCUCAACGGUCUUCUAUAAUUGCAGAAUUACCAGACAUUUCCCAUCUCAGUGUGAGAUCCGCUAACUGACCUUUAUCAACUAUCAUUACAUUUGAGAAUUGAACAUUUACAAAUAGUUAUCUUUAAAUUCCACGGUCAAACAAAAGUGAUAAGCCUGGUUCUUCUUACCAAAUCCAAAAUAUGGUAGAUGCAACUAGAGCAGGUUUUUUAAAUAUUGAAUAGCUCCCUGUGUGUUUAGGCUAGAUACUUACCAUUUAUUGUAGUGGCUGCAGCUCAAUCUCCUCUUUUCGCCGAUACAAAGUUUGCACCUAUUGCAUAACAUGGGGCUUGUGAAAGCAGUCUUUUUCUACACAUAAGGAUCCGGACAAGAACAUCACCACGAAAUCGUCUGUACAACCCAACCGUUUGAGAUACAAACUAAUAAGUCACCACCAUCGAAAGAUUAGACUCUCUCGAAUAUGACAGUGUACGUUGUUUGGCUCUAAGACAUCCACAAGCUUUAUGGCAGUCCUCUGUUGCAGAUGUCCUAAUUUCAGAGAUCUUCUCAAAAAACCUACUGUUCUUACCGAACUGUUGGAGCUACAAACUAAUAUGUCACCAAUAUCGAAAGGGCAGACUCUCACAAACACAAAGUGUCUGAAUGUCGUCUGAAUGUAACCCAGUACUGGGCUGUACAAAUGGCACAAAGUGCAAAAAGGGGUAAAAAGUGGCCUGAAUAACUUGACCAAACAUGGGCCAAAAAAAACAUUUUUGCUGACUUUUCUUAUAUCUCUCAGAUAUAAGACACACACUUCAAAACCUUUUUCCUUAUGAUUUAUUUUUGGACUGACUGUUUCGCCAUGUACACGUGUUAUUCAAUGCAUUUCUAUGGAUAAUAACAGUAAAGGCCAAUUCAAUGUUUCAUAAAAUAUGUUUUAUAUAUCUAUUGUUUUGUACAUUUUAUGACCAUUUUAAAACAAUUCCAUAUGUUAGUUGAGUAGAUAUUGCGAUCUAUGGGCUUAGACCUACAGGGGUUCUAAAAUGGGUCGCCAAGUGUUUUUGGAAAUAACUUUCACAAUGGCUAUUAUUAGGACUCACAAAAUGCCUCAAAACGUCCAUGUCGGUACUAGUGCUAAGGGCAGGUGGAAACUAACAUAUUCUCACAUUGGUUUAUGGCUCGUUUGUACACAAGUCAACCAAAACAUUUCUGUGCAUCUCAAUUACAGUCCACUUCUUGAGCAAAACAAAGUUACAACACAAUGCCUUGCUACCAAGCUCACACAAGACCUAGUAGAUCAUAUCAAAGUAAGUUGACUUUAAACUUGCCAUUGACUAUUACAUUCAAUGCUAAGAAUGCUACUUCACUUCAUUGAAUUGUUUCCCAACAGACAUCACUGCCAUACUUGACAGAUCAAAUCAGAGAGCAUCUUGAGACUGUUAAAACAGAACUGAAGAAGUAUAGCACUGGUCCUCCACUGGAACGUAAAAAGAUGGGGCCCUACCUGACGGAGGUGAGUACAUAGAAACCUGAAGAAAUAAAGGUCACAAUACUCUUUUCAUAGAAUUGUUCAAAUCUAUAUUACACUGUUGAAAUUAGGUUCAUGUUGUCACUAAUCUCAGCACCCAGAACCAAAUCAGCUACUUGAUUUUGGUUCUGGUACAGGAUGUAUAGAUAGAGAAACUAGCGAGUGUUUCUCGAUCCAGGAAACGUAGAUGAGAAAAUGUAGAAUGAAAUACUUUUUUGGAAAACAGAAUUAGAAAGAUCGGUACCCUUUAAAUUCUUAUUAGAUACAUGACAACGUGGUUCUGUCUACAUUUCUAGCGACUAAUGGAUUUCAUUGACAAGAUUCAUGAACUGUGCAGAGUUGGGAACUCAAGUGAGAAGAAUCUGCAUACUUUCCUCCGUCCUGUAUUCCAAAAGUGGGAUAGUUAUCUCAGUAACACCAAAGGAUUAUGUAAGUCCUGUAUUCAUUAGAUUUCAUGUCAUGCAAAUAGAGACCCAUGUCCCAUGUUGUCAUGAUCAUAGUUAAUGCUUUGCAGUUUACAGGAUGUAAGCCUGCUUGUGACUUUAUACCCUAACAAAAUGGUAUUCCACUCACAGAGUUGUUUGUUCUGUCUUGUUUCUGGGUAUCAUUUCAGUCCUCAACGAAGUGGCGACCAUGAUAAAGAACUACGAUAAAGAACAUCGUGGGAGAGAACUGAUAACUUUCAGUGACUAUUGUGUAUAUGAACACGCAGUUCAAAAGCACAUCCUUGGACUUCAAGAGCCAGCCUUGGAUGUCCUGAAAGCCAUUCGAGGUAUUAUUUAAACGGACAAUCUGUGAUAUGACAUGAUCACAAAAGGCACACUCUAUGUUUGUCGGAAUUCGGCCCACUCCUCUUGGUACAGUAAAAGUAUAAAGCGGAGUCAGUAGUGGACAGUAAUAUUUUAUAUGUGUAUAAACAGUACAAUAUAUAUAUACCUCACAUGCGACUCAUAAUAAGACUAUGCAAUUAGCCCAUUAAAUGAAUUAUCUGACUCCAUAAGAUAAAUAGCAAUAAGCAAGAACACUAUAGUUGAGUUACAACAAUAGAGAAUUGAGGAUGGAAUUCUAAAGUGUAGUUAAUUACUUUGUAAAAUAAAUGAAUUCACAUAUUUGGCAUAAAACGUAAGUUACAAAACAUUAACAAGCAUUACAAGGCAUUAUUUCAAGCGAGAGAGAGAGAGAGAGAGAGAGAGAGAGAGAGAGAGAGAGAGAGAGAGAGAGAGAGAGAGAGAGAGAGAGAGAGAGAGAGAGAGAGAGAGAGAGAGAGAGAGAGAGAGAGAGAGAGAGAGAGAGAGAGGGGUCAGGAACAUAAGAGAAAGAACAAUGUGGUCCUCUGUAGCUCAAUUGGUAGAGCAUGGCGCUUAUAACGCCAGGGUAGUGGGUUCGAUCCUUUGGACCACCCAUACGUAAAAAUUUAUGCGCACAUCACUGUAAGUCGCUUUGGAUAAAAGCGUCUGCUAAAUGGCAUAUUAUUAAUUUAAGACCCUUUUAUAAGCAUCUGAGUUGUUUGGAUUCAAAAACUCUUGUUGACCAAUGGUAUUACAGUAAAGUUAACCUCCAUUCCGGUAUCAGUCCUACAGCAUGUAACCUCUGCUUCUCAGAGGUGAGACAAUGGGGGAUGGUAAGAUCAACACAGAGGAAAUUCUUGCAUACAGUUGAUCGUUACAACCCUUGGUUACAUCCCUUUUUGGGGCUAUAUAGAACCCUUUUUAAAAUUAUUUUUAUAGAACCAUUAUGGAGAAUGGUUCUAUAAAGAACCUUUCUCAAUCUGAAAGGUUCUUUGAAGAUCCUUUUGGAGAACCACUGUUAUUUUUUUAUUCUGGUCAUCCAUAUCAUAUUGUUAAAAUUCCACAUGUGUUUUUAUUGUGAUCAUUGAAAAGUUGAAUCAAGUGAGCUACCUCGGGAACAGCUGGGGGUCCCUGAGGAGAGAAUUGAGAACCACUUACUGAUUUGGUCAACCGUUCUCAAUUGGCACAAGGCCAUACAUGAGUCUUUCAAAAGACACUGUCAAUGACCAUAGUCAUAUAAAAUAUUCAAUGGCAUAUGACAACACAUGAGAUAAACUGGAAUGACACUCUCACUCACAGUUGCUCAAAAAGUGUUUUGAGCAAACCAUGCCCCAAAAUAUUCUAAUGAGCCACCUCCCCUACAUUUUAAUGAUCACUAAAAGAGAAAAUAACCAUUUUGUGAACUAUAAAGAACCAUUGAAUAGCUCAAAGGGUUCUUUGACUCAUUAUGAUUCCACAUAGAACCAUCACCCUUCCCAAAGAACCCUUGAGGAACCCUACUUUUUUAGUGUGUACAGUAUAGACCUAAUGUUGAAUAUCAACCAGUAAACAGGCCUUCAAAUCUUUAUAUUGACUUUUUUUUUUCCUCUCAAGGUAUGGUGCAAGCAGAGUUUAGAGAUGUGUGUGAAGCUUGUUUCAAAAGCUAUCCUCAACUCAGAUGCCUGGCUGUGGUGAGUUAAAGUGAAGUGAUAUAUUUUACAUCAUAGAUUAUGGUUGUGAAGUUAAAAUGGAUGAUCAAUUAUAUAAUGUUGUUUGAGUCAUUCAUGUAAUUAACUAUCAGUCACACAACGAAAUUCCUCAGACUAAGAUAGACGAAAUCCAGUCGAAGCAGGAAGCCAAAGUUGAGAAGAGAAUCAAAGAAUACAUCAAUAUGGAGCGAUUGGUGUACACUCAGGAUAGUAUUUUCGUCAAGGGCUUGAAGGAUCAUAAAGAUCAGUUCAAAGAAGCCUUUGAGGAAGAGCAUUUUUAUGAUCCAGAGGAAACUGAGGAGAAUGACAUCACUGCUGUAUUCAACUGUGCUGCAUUUGAUACCAGGAAGCUGACCCCAGAUAAACUUGGGGUCUAUUAUGAGGUAUGUUUGACAGCAGUAUGUUUUUCAUAAUAGGUGGGCGUGGAGAGUCUACCUUUAGUCAAGGAGGGCAUACACUGAUAAAGUUCAGGAAGCACUGCACCACCCCGAACCCAAGGGGCCAGGCUUUGCAUGUUAGAGUCUGUACCGGAAAUACAAGAGCAACUCAGAGAAAAAGAAAGGGAAAGGAAGGGCUACUAAAACAGAAUUCAAGUGGUGUCUUUUUUCUAGAAGACAUUCAUAUGAGUAAUCACAUACUGUAGCUUUUCAAUUGUAUGUUUUACCAUACAGAGUCAUUGUCUGUGCAUAAUCAUUGUCCACCUUACUGUAAUGUAUUACUGUCCUUCACCCCACUCCUAGAUUGUCUACCAGCGCCUGGCAGAUUACGUGCCCAUGCUGAUCCUGCAAUUCAUGCUUAAGGAAUCAGCCAAGAUGAUGCGUAUCCAGAUUAUGGAUCUGAGAGACGGAGCUGAUGUUGUCAAACUGCUGAGCGAAGACUCUACGGCAGGCCGCAGGAGAGCCGACCUGCAUCAACGCCUGGACCGUCUGAAAAAGGCCCAGGAAAAGCUUAGUGAUUUUUAGGGCUCGCAAUACUGUAGUACCGUUUUAUGUUAUGUCAUUUCAACAACAACAGGAUGUCUACAUGGACUGCCUUCACUCUGACACGUGUCAUAGAACUUGAUAAUCAUUCCUUUAUAUUGAGGUAAUUCACAUUUCAGAAUUGAAAUGUGUGUCAACCUGGCACCAGCAUCAUUCAUAAUGUGCUCUUAGCUGACAGUCAAAGGCCUCUUGUUCAUUAAAGGUCAAAUGCAGACCUUUUUAUCUCAAUAUCAAAUCAU